AUGUCGCGUUUUGCCGAGUGUUGGGAGUUCCCUGGUCGGAAGUUACCUGAGAAGCCUAGCUUCUCACAGACAUGUAGUCGAUUGAGUCGUUAUCUCAAGGAGAAGGGUAGCUUUGGAGAUCUGAGCUUGGCAAUGACAUGCAAGCCUGACGUCAACGGAAUCGAUUCUAAAGCUGCUCAAGACGUUGAACUACAGAAUGAUUUGUUUCCUUCGUCCUCCUUUGGGGCCAAGGAAGAGGUCGUGAAGAUCACAGAGACUAAAUCUUUGAAGCACGAGUCUCAAUCUGCUCCAUUGACCAUAUUCUACAGCGGUCAAGUUAUGGCGUUUGAUGAUUUUUCUGCUGAGAAAGCCAAACAAGUCAUUGACUUGGCUAACAAAGGAAGUGCGAAAAGCUUCACAACUGAAUUGAACAAUAACCAGAGUGCUUAUACUAAAAGCUUAGCCAAGAACCAAAAAGAGAUUGCUUCUAUCCCAAGGCCAGUUAAAGAGCCAAUCCAGACCAACACGUCCUCUUUAGCUUCCGAACUUCCAAUUGCUAGAAGAGCUUCGCUUCAUCAAUUCCUAGAAAAGAGAAAGGAUAGGAUUGCAUCGAAGGCACCGUACCAGAAAGAAGGUUCAAGCCUAAACACAGCCUGGCUAGGUUCACAGUAAUCCUUUGAGACUUGUGUACCUCAUGCUCCAUCGUUUACCUAUAUGAAGUUCGUAUUCAUUUCUUUAUAAAUAAAUUUGUUUAUUGAAUGAGUCAAUAACUCAGUAUAUUUGUAUGAAUGUUAUCUUUAUACUCCCUCAGUUUCAACUUUUCAAUUUAGUUGUAGUGUAAAAUUAUAAUUUUAAAAUAAGUACCGAU